GUUUGAGCGAGCGAGCAGCAGAGUGAAGGGAGCGCGCUGUCAUCAUACAGCAAACAAAGAUCCGUGCACGGAAAAGCACUUGGAAACUAGUUCGGUUUAUUCCGAAAAAAGAAAACAACGCUGUCUGAAAACCCCCACAUUCCUGUUCGCGUUGAACCUGCUGUGUACCGUAUAAACACCAGCACAAUAAAGAAAUGGACUCGGGAUGUACAAAGCUGUGAACUUAAACUAGGUGUUUUUUUGGAGCACGGGAGUGUAAGAACACGGCUUAAGGUACGGGGAAACACUUCAUUCGCUGAGCGCUUUGAACUACACAGUGCCUAAUCCAACAGCCUGUGUUCAGCGACUAACAGGACGGCGAUGGAUGUGAUGCAAAAAUAUCUGGAAAUACUCAUACCAACGCUAGUCUUUGGUUACUGACUGACUUGUUUUUCUUGUACACUUAUUAUAAUAGCUCUAAUAUAUAUAUAUUGAAAUAUAUUGAAAUCCGCUGAAAGCUUCAAGAUGCCAAUCUUAAAGCAGCUGGUUUCGAACACUUCCCAGUCAUCAAAGCGUCGUUCCCGGGCCGAUCUGACUGCGGGAAUGAUCAGUGCUCCCCUGGGCGAUUUCCGCCACACCAUGCACGUGGGGCGAGGGGGGGAUGAGUUUGGGGACACCUCGUUCCUCAGCACCCGCUCCGGAGAGCCCCCGCAGCAAACAGAGGACCAGCCACCGUGGCCGCAGCAAACGCCCCACCCUCCCAGCUCCAAACCGGGGUUCCUGUCCCGUACGUUCAGACACAGCAAGAGAUCCUCGUCCGUGACUCGGGUAGACAAGCCGGAGUCAGAUCUGGCACCGGCCAGUGUCUCCCCCGCCUUCGUGAAGACCGCAGUGUCCCUCCCGCAUCUCAAAGAUGAUGAGGAGGCGGGGCAAGGGGGCGGUAGCCCCAGCCGUGUUCGCAAAAGCCUCUCCUCCAGCCCUCUCAAGAAGCUGUCGUCCUAUGAGAAGCCUGCCAAUGGUGCGGCAGCCUCCAAGCCGUGCGAGCAGGAGAUCCAAGACGAGCGAGAUUUCGGGGAGCUCACAGAUCUGCCCCCUGCGUCGCUCCCCCGGGUGGGAGGAGGGAUGAAGCACGCCGAAUCCAUCAUGUCCUUCCACAUCGACCUGGGCCCAUCCAUGCUGGGCGAUAUCCUGAGCGUCAUGGAUAAUAAGGCCUGGGAUGAGGAUGAUCUAGGGUUCGAGGAAGGGAAGAGCAGCGAGGGGAGGGGGUCACCAGCUCCCGCCACCCUGGAGCAGCUCCCAACGAAACCUGCCCUGGUUUCAGAAAGCGAGAACCACACUGCCCCCUUCAGUCCGGAGGCCAGGCUGGGGCUCCCUCGCCAGCAUCUGGACAGCUGCUCUAUGUCCAGCUCCGGGUCUGCCGCUCUGGAGGAGAAGCAUCUCACUGGGGAGUUCCAAGCGCAGGGGGAGACGGACUGUGCCAAGUUCAGCUUCCCGCGGGGGGAGGAAGACAAGGAUUUAUCAUUUAUGGAUGAGGACGACGACGAAAUAACAGUAUAAACAAAACAAAAAAAGUGUAGCUUAUUAAAUAAAUUAAUUCAAAUUUACAAAAAAAAAAAAAAAAAAGUAGUCAAACUCCUGAAAAGUCCUUUGGGGAAUUUAGGGCUGGACUUUCAAAGAAAAGAAACGUAUAGCAAUAUUGUCUCCUGGAUUGGUUAUUCUCUAGGAUUCUGGGAAGCUGUUAUUUAACCUUCGCUGGAAGGGAAAACUCUUUAAUAUAAGAGAGAACAUAUUUUGCUGUAUUUUGAAUUAAUUUAAAAAGUUGUCAUUUAAAUCCACUGCUAAGAAACUAGGUUAACUGCAGUGGAACAAAAAUAAUUCCAUUUUAGAUCUUUUAGGUCUUUGCAGUAGCAAGUUUAUUAUAGAAAUCUAAUCUGGGGUUCCAUUAUGAAAACCAGCGGUAGGUGAUCUGUAUGAAGAUUGCAGGUAACGGGGUACAGAAAGCAGGAGCUGUGUGGUUAAACUCCGUAGAAUGCUGCAUGUAAUUCCAGUACAGAUCCGCUGGUCAGCCUAGUCGGUACCCAGUACCCUGCAAUAUAAUCUGUGGUAAUUCAAAAAUACCAUUUAGGAACCUAAAGGAUGACACUAAUGACACAGAAUUACAAAGCUUAAAUUAGCAGCUCCCUGAGUGGACAUGCACACUGUAGGGAAAGUCGGACCCAAAACUAAAUACAUUUAUUAACAGAAUGACGAUGAACAGCAGUGUCCCAGCUCAGAAUGUGCAAAACAGAUGGUCCAGUCACUCAUGCAACUUUCUGCAGUGAAAACCUGUUGUUGAAAGACUAGGUUUGUCUGCUCAGAUUUAAGGAACGAUGGAAGUAGCCCACAGCCAGGACAGCAGCUCUGUGCAUCCUGUCAAGUUCAAUUAAUGCUCUUGCUGGAGGGAAAAGUGUGAUGGAAAUCAAAUUGCCGCGAAGGGUAUUGCACAUACCAGAUUAAAAUAUUAAAAUUAUUAACACGGUACACAUUAUAUCCCCUUUGGGACCCAGGCCACAGAUAUGGUCAUGUCACUCAUGUUAAUUCAGCAUACAAAAGAAAAAAAAAGCACGAUUUGAAGGAGAUGCAUUUUGUGGAUCAAUAUUUAUGUAUAUAGAGAGUGUCAAUUAGCAUGUUAUUGUUCUAAUGCACAUUAGCUCUUAAUUGCAUUAAAAGAUGAUCCAUCUCAGGGAUGAAAAUACGACUCCUGUUGCAGAGCAGUUUCACCCAUGCCAGUUUUUAAUAUGAGCUAGAUUAGUCCCAGUGUAUAGGUAACAAGCUCAGGUGUGUCAUUCUAAACUCGAUGAAGUCAGGAGUGGAUCAAACUGCUCUGCAAUGGAAGUCGUAUUCUAUCCCUGCAGCUAAAAACCUCAUUGAAUUGGUUCUAAUAAACUGUGGUAAUGAAAACCAGCUUCCCUCCUUCCUAAUGAAUAACACCUAGUGGGGAAAAGAACUUGCUAAUCCUUUAACUGGUGCUGUAUAUGUCCCUUCAGUUUCGAGAGAUUACAGCAACCAAGGACCAUUUUGAGAAAAAAAAUAAAACUGCUGGUAUAGAGACGCUUUACGGUAGCUCAUCUGUUCUUGUGUCUUUCUGAGAUUGUGCUUAAGGAUAAUUAAGUUUUCCAUUAUUAUUAUUGUAUUUUUCCUUAAUUUAGAGGACCUCUAGACAAAUAAUGUAGAAUGCAAACUUGUACUGCUAAAAGAAAGAGAGACUGUGGUAGAGGAGGAUGAUAAUGCUUCUUCUGGGAAAUGUAGUCUUUACCACAAGGACUUGCCACACAUGGGCCAGCUACAGGCUGAACAGGGUGGAGAGUGGAAGACAUCAUGUCUAGUUUGUUGAUUUUGGGGGAGUGGGUUGGCAUGCAGUGAAUUGGUGCAGAGCAGAGAUUUGAACCCAGCACGUCCUGUGGACAAGGCCAAAGACACUAAACUGAAAGGUUCUGUCCUUCAGACUGUCGACCAAUCACAGUGCAGAGGAGUAGCGGAUUUACAUGUGACCGAAUGGACUUCUUUGUUUUUUAUAAUCAAAACUUAUUUGCCAAGUAGGGGAGAACAAAAACAACGACCAACUUUUAAAACACUAGCUUUUCUUUUUAUACGUGUUAAAAAAAAAACUGUGGCACAUGCAGUUUAUUGUUUUUUGUAUUUCGGCUGAAAACGACACUUUCAGCUUCACACAAAAAACAAGUACUUCUAUCUUAAUGUGCAGAGUUGCCUUUCCUUGAAGCUGAAAAGUUUUGAACAAAACUAUACUGUGUAAGACAAAUCCGGGUACUGUUUAUAUAUUUUUGGGAAAGAAAAGCAGAGACAAUUAAAGGUUCUUGUUAACAAAGUAUGGACCAUUUAUUUUUGAAAAGGAAUCAAUAACUAAUUGUGCUUGUUAUUUAUAAACAACAUUAAACUAAGAUUGGUGCAUGUUUUCCUGUGAAGUACAUGCAAUGAACACUAGCAGAAAAACAUGCUACAAUCCCUUCAGGUGACAACUUUUAACAUAGUGGCACAAUUAUAAAAUUACAAUAAUUAAAAUGAUGUCUAAAUCCUUCAGGGGGAGUGAUUUAAACAUAUGUGUGCCCUUUUGUGCCCCAUUGGCAUCAGACUGAUGAUAAUGAUAAAAGCAAUAAUUCAAUAAUAAUCAAGUAUUAAAGGGUUAAUUAAGAACAGCCAUUCAAAUCUCAUGAUUUUAUUUUUCUUUCAAAACAAAUAGAAAAAAGUACCUCUAACGAUCACUAACUCUGUGCAUCAGUCUGGUGGUACUGUUGACUAUGAAUGGGUUGUCUGUCUGGUUCAGAACGGUUUGUGGAGAGAAGUAAAGAAAAUGUAGAUGUGGUUUGGACGUUUUAACUGAAACCACAACAUUGGCAACUUGAAGCAGACUUCCCCCUUUUUUUUAAAAAUAUGUCUUAAGCGAUGCAAAGUGCACCAGACAUGCAUCCUUGAGUACAUUGGGAGUUUGAGAUAAAAAUACAGGAAACCAAAUCGAGCUGACCAAAAUGUAGCGUCAUCAGCGUCAAGAGACGAAAGCCUUGUUUCUUAUAGUUUUCCAUAACAAUUUAUGAUUGAGUUAAUAUGGAUGAUAAAAAAAGCUCUCUAAGGAGAUAAUGAUCAAGAAGUAUAUUUGUGAAGAAAUUAAUAACAAUGUUCCGCCUUAGUGUACUUUUGAGUAGCUCUCUUUGUAAUGUGUCGAGUGGACAAGGUUUAAGAAUGUAUGUUUCGCUCUUCCUGCCCUUCUCGAUAUUGACCUCCUCUGUUCCUAUAUAAAAUAACAAGUAUAUUUUUCAAUAAAAGAUAACUGGGAAUCUGCC